AUGCAAAUAUUGCUAUUACUCUCUGUUAUCCACUGUAACAAGUUCAGCGUGACAGAUGAUGAACAGAUGAGCGAGUUCAUCAACUUCCUGCGCAUCAACUCUGGAAUGGAGCCACUGGAGGAGCAUCCUGCCCUGGUGGCCGUGGCCAAGGAGCACGUGCGAAGCAUGUGCCGUGGCGGGAAGCUGACUCACGCCUCACGGAAUCUGACGAGCCUAAUUCGACGAAUUGGUCGAAAGGGCCUUCAUAUUGAGAGGGCAGCUGAGAACAUUGCUAAACAGUACAGUUAUACCAAGUCAAACAUGCAGGAGUACACUGAGGUAGCCAAGAAGUGGUUUAGGUCGACAGAGCAUAGGAGAAUCAUGCUUGGGCCAUUUAACUACACUGGUGUAGCAAGUUGUGACACAGGCAAUGAGAAGUAUUGGGUUCAGGUAUUUGCUAAGGAGGAAGAAAUGAGGCAGCCUGAUAAGACAGUGCGUGACAGUGGUGAUCUGUCGUAUGGGAUCAUUGAUCCAGCACGUAGUCCAUGUACUCUGAUCACAGAAUGUGAUGUUGGUGAAAUGGUUAGGCCAUCAACUUUCAGUCAAAUUGAUCAGGGGAUACGAACGAAGACUGUUACGGU